GAUGAUAGCUAAUUGUAUUAUGGAUUUAAAAGGAGAUAAAGUAUUGGUAAGCGCUUCUUUAAAUUUUCCACUUUUCCUGCAUAUUAUAAUAUAGUUAAUCAACUUUCCCCAUAGAAGAUUAUAUCACAUCGUAAAUAGGAUUUUUAAGUUAUGUCAUUUAAAAUGAUUAUACUAUCUGCUAGUGCUUAUAUAUCUCAGAUCAGUAUCACCGAGUUCAGAAUCAAACUAUCAUCAAUAAAUCGGUGAUAAUCUGUUUAAAAAAAUGAAUGACAUUUCAUUUUGACGGCCAUUAUCCUAAUUAGGAUCCACAGUCCCAAAUAGGAAGGUGUUGCGGCUAUUAACUUCAUUGGGAAAGUCAAGUCUGCAAACAAUUAAUUGGGUAUAAAUACAUCCACAAUUCCUUUCAUAUCAUCAUCAUCCCAUUUCGAAGUACUAUCACAACAACAACAACAACAAAUACAAAUACAAACAUGUCUACUACUGAUAAUAAAAAGGUCUUAUUGAUUGGUGCUACUGGAUUCAUUGGUCAUGAAGCUGCUAUCAUCUUACGUCAACAAAAUUUCAUUGUUUAUGGUUUGGCCAGAUCAACUGAAAAAGCUCAAUUGUUAUUAAAAGAUGAAAUCAUUCCAAUUUUACAUACCACCAGUGAUAUGAAUUAUCUUGAUUCUAUCGUUACUUUGAACAUCACUCAUGUUAUUGAUUUAUCAGGUACUCCAACUAGUACCCCUCAAAUUGCUCAAAAAUUAGUGGCCAUUAAAACAUCAACUGGUUAUCAAGUAGGAUUUAUUUAUAUUAGUGGUGCUUGGGUUCAUGGUAAUGAUAAUGUUAAUACUGUGGAUGAACAUCAUUUCGCUAAGGAUGGUCAAGUUAAACCAUUAGUCAGUUGGAGACCUGCUCUUGAACAACAACUUUUAUCUUAUAAGGAUGAUUUACCCACUAUUAUUGUUAGACCUGGUUUAUUAUACGGUAAGAAUUCUCCAAUUUUAGCAGUGUUUUUCUCUCAAGUGGUACAAGCUGUAAUUAAAAAUGAUUCUACCGAUAUUAAUCUUCCUAUUAAUAAAGAUUUAGUAACAAGUUGGAUUCAUGUAACUGAUUUAGGACGUUUCCUUACUAAAGUUAUUCAAAAAUUUGAAUUAUAUAAUUCUUCUACCUUUGAUUUACCAAUCUUUGAUGUCACUCAUGAAUCAUUCUCAGCUCCAGAAUUUGUUACUCAAUCAGCUAAAGAUUUAGGGUUUAAAGGAAACAUCAAUUUUUUGGGUGAACCAACCGCUGAAGAAAACAUCUUUCUUAAUGGGUUUAAUACUUCAAUUAUUGUUAAUAAUAAAAGAGCUAGAGCAUUACUUGAUUGGGAACCAACAUUAGAUCUUAAACAUCAUACUGAUUUCUAUAUUAAACCUUGGGCAGCUGCUAAUAACAAAGAAUAUAUUGAAUAUUACCUUGCUCAAUAGGUUUACAAUAAAUAAAUCUAAAUAGUUUGAAUUGAAAUUUUUUUUUAUAAAAAAUAUAUAAUAAUAA